UGAUGAAAGAGAAAAACACACAAAAGACACAAGACUUAAAAUUUUUAGAUCUAAUGCUCCUUAUUUUCGAAAAUUUUUGGAGGGAAAACACCAAGGAACACCAAACUUAAAAAUUUUAAGAUCAAGACACAAGAAAAACUCAAGAACACUUUGAGGAUUCACAAGAACACCAAGAACACAAGAAAGAACACCAAACUUAAAAUUUUUAGAAAACCAAGACAAAUUUUCGAAAAUUAUAUUAAAAUUAACAAGAAAACACCAAACUUAAAGUUUGGCACAGAUUAAACCAAGAAAAAUUAUUUUUGAAAAAGAUUUUCAAAAGAACUGGUGCCCAAUUGCCAAGAACAUAAGCCAACACUAUAACCAACUGAAUUAAAAAUGUAAUGUAUUUUAAAGAUGUAUUAUUUUUAUGGAUAAACUAAAUUUUUGAAAACUAAUGUUUUGAAAAAGCACAAGAAAAACAAGAAAAGACACAGAACAAGAAAAACUCAAGAUCAAAUAAGAAAAAUAAGCAAGAACAACUUGAAGAUCAAUGAAGAACAAAGAACACAAGUCGAAAAUUUUAAAAGAAAAUAUGAGAUAUGCAAUUGACACCAAACUUAGAACAAGACACUAAACUCACGAAAAUUUAACAAUUAAUUAAGAAAAAUAAUAUUUUUGAAAAGGAAUUUUUUUGAAAAUAAACUAUCCUAUCAAGAUUUAAUGACUCUAUAACAAUAAAAAAUAAAAAUAAAAAUAAAUUAUUCCUAAUCUAAGAAAUAAAAUAAGCCUUCAAUUGUCCAAACUCAAUAAUCCCCGGCAACGGCGCCAAAAACUUGGUGGACGAAAUUGUGUUCCUUAAUUAAUGGCUCCUUGGCAUGUGCCAAAGAGAACUAAUUUAACUAACUGAUUACUUGCUCAGAGCACAAUUCCGUUCAACUGACCAGCAAGUGUACUGGGUCGUCCAAGUAAUACCUUACGUGAGUAAGGGUCGAAUCCACAGAGAUUAUUGGUUUGAAACAAUCAAUAUUUAUUUUAUUAAUCUUAGUUAGGAUGUCAACAAGGAUUAAUUUGGAUUAAAAGUGAAAUUACUGGAUUUCAUAAAAGAGGGAACAAUGUUACUUUGAUUUGCAGCACUGGAGAAUAUGUUGGAGUUUUGGAGAUGCUUUGUCCUUUGAAUUUCUACUCUUCCUUGAAAUCCUCUUCUCACACGCAGGUUCCUUCCAUGGCAAGCUCUAUGUAGGGUGUCACCGUUGUCAAUGGCUACUUCCCAUCCUCGCAGUGAAAGCUAUGCACGCACUCUGUCACAGUACGGCCAAUCACCGGUUGGUUCCCGCUCCUACUGGAAUAGAAUCCCUCUUUUGCGUCUGUCACUAACGCCCAGCAGGUUAAAGUCUGAAGCACGUCACAGUCAUUCAAUCCCGGAAUCCUACUCGGAAUACCACAGACAAGGUUUAGACUUUCCGGAUUCUCAUGAAUGCCGCCAUCAAUCCAGCUUAUACCACGAAGAUUCUGAUUAGGGAAGCUAAGAGACAUUCAUUCAAUCUGAUGUAGAACGGAGGUGGUUGUCAGGCACACGUUCAUGGAUUGAGGAAGGUGAUGAGUGUCACGGAUCAUCACCUUCUCCACAGUUAAGCGCGAAUAAACAUCUUAGAUAAGAACAAGCGUGUUUGAAUGGAAAACAAAGGAAUUGUAUUAAAUCAUCGAGACGCUGCAGAGCUCCUCACCCCCAACAAUGGAGUUUAGAGACUCAUGCCGUCACAAAGUAUGUAAUUCAGAUCUGAAAAUAGCAUGAGGUACCAGAUAAGUCUGUAAAAGUUGUUUAAAUAGUAAACUAGUAACCUAGGUUUACAGAAAGUGAAUAAACUAAGAUAAUUGGUGCAGAAAUCCACUUCUGGGGCCCACUUGGUGUGUGCUGGGGCUGAGACUAAUGCUUUCCACGUGUGGAGGCCUUUCUUGGCGUCAAACUCCAGGUUUUGACGUGUUUUGGGCGUUCAACUCCGGAUCAUGACGUUUUUCUGGCGUUUAACUCCAGACAGCAGCAUGUACUUGGCGUUCAACGCCAAGUUACGUCGUCUAUCCUUGCGCAAAGUAUGGACUAUUAUAUAUUGCUGGAAAGCCCUGGAUGUCUAAUUUCCAACGCCGUUGAGAGCGCGCCAAUUGGACUCCUGUAGCUCCAGAAAAUCCAUUUCGAGUGCAGGGAGGUCAGGAUCCAACAGCAUCAGCAGUCCUUUUUCAGCCUAAGUCAGAUUUUUGCUCAACUCCCUCAAUUUCAGCCAGAAAAUACCUGAAAUCACAGAAAAAUACACACACUCAUAGUAAAGUCCAGAAAUAUGAUUUUUGCCUAAAAACUAAUAUUAUUUUACUAAAAACUAACUGAAACAUGCUAAAAUCUACAUGAAAUUACCCCCAAAAAGCGUACAAAAUAUCCGCUCAUCAACGGCGAAGGUUGGAAAGCAUUUGACAGGAGAUAUACUAACUUUUCUGGCGAUCCGCGCAAUGUUCCCUUAGCCCUGGCUAGUGAUGGCUUCAAUCCUUAUGGAAACCUCAGUUCAAAAUAUUCAAUAUGGCCAGUGAUUCUUAUACCGUACAACCUACCCCCAUGGAUUUGCAUGAAACAAACCAACUUUAUUCUCUCUAUGAUUAUUCCCGGUCCUAAAAUGCCUGGCAAUGACAUAGAUGUCUAUCUACAGCCCCUGAUCGAUGAGCUGAAGGAGUUGUGGGCUGGUGUUGAUACCUACGACGCGAGUGAGAAGAAAAUGUUCAAGAUGCGAGCUGCACUGAUGUGGACUAUCAGUGAUUUUCCUGGCUUGGGCAAUUUAUCUGGCUGGAAUACUUACGGCGGGAGAGCUUGCCCCACGUGUAAUUUGGAUGCCGAGACUAUGCGACUCACCUUCAGUCAGAAAUGGUGUUAUAUGGGUCAUCGUCGCUUCUUGAAUCGCGAUCAUAAAUAUAGACAGGACCGGAGUAGAUUUGAUGGCAAGGUAGAUGAUAGAUCCCCACCUACCAAAUUGACUGGUAGGGAUGUCUUGAGACAACUGGAGGGUGUUCCUGUCUCACAAGGCAAGGUGCAAGCAGUUGCUGGUAAAAGAAGGCGUGGACAGCAGACUGUGGUGCAAGACGAGUCUCCAUGGAAAAAGAGGAGUGUAUUCUUUGAUUUGCCGUACUGGGAGAACAACGAGUUACGUCACAACCUUGAUGUGAUGCACAUAGAGAAGAAUGUAUGCGACAACAUUGUUUUCACCAUGUUGAACGAAAGCGGUAAGUCCAAAGACCACCUAAAAGCUCGAAAAGAUCUCCAAUUGAUGGGCAUCCGGCAGGAUAUGUGGCCAAUUGAAGGUGGAAAGUAUCCUGCUGCAGUCUUUACCAUGCGGAAUCCAGAGAAGGAUGUCUUUCUUAGGACAAUCAAGAAUGUGGUCUUUCCAGACGGGUACUCUAGCAACAUCUCUCGCUGUGUUGAUUUAAAACAGCGCAAGUUAUUCGGCUUGAAGAGUCAUGACUGCCAUAUCCUAAUGGAACAUCUACUUCCAAUUGCGUCAAAACACGUGUUGCCCACCCCAGUGUCUGUCGUCGUGGCUGAGUUAUCAGCCUUUUUCCGACUAAUAUGCAGUAAAUCCAUUGAUCCUCAACAACUUCCUCUCCUUCAGGAUCGUGUGGUCCAUACUUUGUGCCACAUGGAGAUGAUAUUUCCACCUUCCUUCUUCACAGUUAUGGUUCAUCUAACGGUGCAUUUGGUCGAGGAGGUCCGUAUUGGUGGCCCAGUGCAUUACCGAUGGAUGUACCCAAUUGAGAGGUACCUAGGUCGUCUCAAGCAGUACGUGCGUAACAGGGCACAACCAGAAGGAUCAAUUGCAGAGGGCUACUUAUCCGAGGAGAUUCUCACGUUCUGUUCAAGAUACUUAGAUAAUGUCGAGACUAGGAUCAACCGACCGACGCGCGUUGACGACCGACCGAGCGAUGCUCCAGAGAGCGAGAUUGCCGGCAUGUUCCCAGAGGUUGGAAAGUCGGUCGGGGCAGCUUCAUAUUUUACUCUAACAGCAACCGAACAGCUUCAAGCACAUCGUCAUGUACUGGUGAAUUGCAGUGCUGUAGAGAAAUUCUUGGAUGAGUACAGAGCAUUCACAAAGAGAAAACUGCGAGGUAAAACAAGGUCGCAGUCUCACAUAGACACUGUUGUGCACAGAGAAUUUUCGAACUGGUUCAGGCAUAAGGUCCAAUUUGGAAGCACGGAUCAUUCGAACGAGUUACAGUGGCUCGCCUGCGGUCCCCGUGCUCAGGCCAGUCGCUAUCAGGCUUAUAACGUCAAUGGAUUUAAAUUCAGGACCAUGUCGAGGGAGGAAGGGAUGAAAACACAGAAUAGUGGGGUCUAUGUCACUUCGGAUACUAGAAGUUAUGCAAGUAAACGGGAUGCCAAUGUUGCUGUUGGAGGUGUCUCGUAUUACGGGAGAUUAGUAGACAUCAUCGAGCUAAAUUACAGCGGUCAAUUCACUGUAGUAUUGUUCAAGUGCCUUUGGGCGGACACUACGUCGGGCAGAGGCAUCCGGCAAGACGUUUUGGGCCACACCUGUGUCAAUUUUGCCAACCCUAUCCACACCGGUGAUCGAGAAGACGAUGAGCCGUAUAUCUUGGCAUCUGAGGCGCGUCUUGUGUUCUACGUGGAGGAUGAGGUAGAGGACGGAUGGAGUGUAGUGGUUCAUGUGAAGCCAAGAGAUUUGUUUGACAUGGGCGAAGAUUAUGAACAUUGUGAGGUCGACCUUCAUCCACAAUCCUGUAUGAGUAGCCUCCCUGAAUUUGAUGUCGAAGGCCUGCGGUUGACGAGAGACGGCGAUUUAGAAGAGUCCACCAUCGAAAGGGUUGAAGAUUGUGAAGAGGCCGCCGAAUCCUAAAAUGCUAUUCUCCAUCAUGCAUGUAGUUCAUAUUUGAGUAGAUUGUAUUUUAGUAAUAUUCUCCGACAAUAGGUUGAUUUGAUUGAGUUAUUUUAGAUUUUUCAAAACGCAUCGUCUCAUAUAAAGCUCUUUUAUUUAUCUGGGUUUUGACAACGGUGUUUUCUAUCCUUUAAGACUUCCUAUAGUCACAUUUUUAUAUUGUAUUUGUACAUUCUUUCUAUUUUUGGUGGA